AUGACGUCGAGCGCAACCUCUUCUGCACUACCUAUUCCAGGUCCUUCUUCAGCUUCUCUCUCUCUCCCACCCUCGCAAUUCGCGCGCCUUCAGCCUCAUGCCUACCUUCUCGCUCAUUUAUCACCGCCGCCUUCUACCCAGCAGUCCCCUAUAAGAGCCAAUGGUCGGGCGCCCUUGGAAUUUCGGCCUAUAACUGCCAAUUUGGGCUCUUUAACGCAUACAAAUGGCAGCGCUGUGGUCAGAGUUGGAGAUACAGCCGCUGUCUGCGGUAUACGGGCAGAAAUAUUGCAUACGGAAGACAUAGCGUCAUGGGGAGUCUCUGCGUCCUCUGGGAGUCGUAAACGGAGGAAGAUCCACUCAGAAAAUUAUGGAGACGAUAUAGAGAAGAGACGCGGUUUAGAAGAGGAAGAGGAGGAGGAGGAGGAAGAUUAUGUUAGGGAUCUAAACUUGGUUGUUCCAAAUAUUUCUUUGAGCACAGGAUGCGCACCUGGAUUCAUCCCUAGUGCUCCCCCCUCCGCUCUAGCACAGUCGCUCUCGCAUCAACUCCUAGCCAUGCUACAUACAUCACGUCUGAUUCGGGCCGAGGACCUAAAAAUAUGGUAUCACCCUCCAGACUUGGAUGCCAUUUCACGCGCACAAUCUGGCCAAGAUGAUGAUGCGAUGGAUACAGAGACGGCGGAACGUGCAGAAAGCUUGUCAUCCCCUGAGCCGGAAAUAAAGGGCUUCUGGGUUCUCUACAUUGAUGUGAUGAUGAUUUCGCUUGCUGGGAACCCUUUCGAUGCCGCCUGGGCUUCCAUUCUUGCCGCACUACGGGAUACAAAACUGCCCAAGGCUUGGUGGGACAUUGAUAACGACAUGGUAUUGUGUUCAGAUAAGAUUUCGGAGUCAAGAAAUCUUAAUUUGCGAGGCUUGCCUGUGGCAAGUUCGUACUCUGUCUUUGAGGCUGAUGCUGCGGCCGACUGGAGGGCUGUCGUAAUUCCGGAAGCCGAUGAAAAUGGAAGCAUACAGGCGUCUAGCAAGCAGGAGAGAUGGAUCCUAGCCGACCCAGAUGGAUUUGAGGAGAGUUUAUGCCGGGAACGAGUAUGUCUAGUGGUUGAUUGGAAAAAAAGCAGCGAUAAGACGAAGAUUGUGAGCAUGGAAAAGAAUGGAGGCUUGUCUGUGAGCCGUGAGGAGCUCAGGAAGCUUGUUGGGAUUUCCACGCAGAGGUGGAAACAAGUAAAGGAUAUAUUGGAGGAAUUACAAUAG